UCUCACAUCUUCUUCUUUCUUCUCUUUCAUUUUUCUCAUUCCUUAUCCAAAUUCACUUUUUUUUUCUCCUCUCUUCUUUUACUCCACUCAUAUAUUUCACUUUCUCAUCUUAAUCUUCCCUUUCCUCUUCUCUCCUUUUCCUCUUCCUUUUCCUUUUCCGUUUCAUCUUCAUUUCUUCUACCUUCCUUCUUGCUUUUCUCUUGUUCUCUCCAUUCCUCUUCCUCUUCCUUUAAUAUGUUACUUGAAAUAAAAGAAAAUUAUAAUUAUUUAUGGAUAUGCUACUCAAUUGAAUUUUAACCUUUUUCCCUCGGAUGGAACCUCCGCUACCACCCGACCCAACGCAGUCGGCACACGCCCUUCCUCCCCCUCCAGCCCCUCCAAGCAGCCUUGCCUUUAACAACACUGCAGCACCUGUAAUAUACUUGAGCAACUCGUUUCGAGCAGCGGAUGAAAUGCCAAAUGGGAUAAAAAACGUGUCCACUACAAGCAGAUGUAUCUAUAGUGACGGAAGUUUUCCGUCAGUCACAUAGAAAUUAAUGGCAAUGAAUUAAUUGGGUGCAGUGAUCUCAGCAGGUUUACCUACACCCCCACCAGAUUUUAAUGCCUCUUACAAGGGGUGAAGGAAAAAAUUUACAACAGGACAAAAAUAUGAAAUCGAUCUAAAUUAUAAUUGAUGGGUUGGGUUUGAACAGAUUUGGAGUAUUUUUUUAUCAGGUUUUGGUUAUACCAAAUUUUAAUUGGGUGGAUUUUGAUUAUUGCGGUCUAAAAAUCAAAAACCCGAUACUAGUUUGAGUAAAAUUGAAUUUAUUUUGGUACACUCUUUUUCCAUCAGUAUAGACCCUCACGGACUAUUUCGACGGAAGAGCUUUCCGUGGGUAGAAACCUCAUCAAUAUAGAGUCUAUACCAACGCCCAAUCCGUCUGUAUAAACCCUUGGAUCUAUUCUGAUGGAAGAUUUGUCCGUUGGUAUAAACCCUAAGAAAUCUUAAGAAUUUUUCUGUCUACAUAGACCUAUACAUUUACUGAUGGAUAAUUCCGUUGGUGUAGACCCUAAAAAUUUUUUUAAAAAUUCCACCAUGGGUAUAAACCUUUACCUUUACA